CACAAACACACUCGCGCACAGCAAUCAAGCUUGUGCUUCUCCUCCUCCUUCGCUUAUCUCCUUCUUUGCUGAAACUUAACUCCAAGCCAUGGCUUGUGAGAGCUCUUCCACCAGACCAGCCUUCUUAUUGUUGCUGUGUUUCCUCCAUGGAACAGCCUCUGCUCAGCUGUCCAGUACUUUCUACUCCACUUCCUGUCCCAGCGCCCUCUCCACCAUUAAAUCCAGCGUGAGCUCUGCGGUCAAAAACGAGGCCCGCAUGGGCGCGUCCUUGCUCCGCCUUCACUUCCACGAUUGCUUCGUCAAUGGAUGCGACGCGUCAAUCUUAUUGGACGACACUACGAACUUUACCGGGGAGAAGAACGCCGGCCCGAAUGCCAAUUCCAUGCGGGGAUUUGAGGUAAUUGACACAAUCAAGUCCGAAUUGGAGAGCAAGUGCCCCAGUAUUGUGUCCUGCGCUGAUAUUUUAGCCGUCGUUGCACGAGACUCCAUCGUUGCCUUAGGUGGCCCUAGUUGGACAGUCAACCUUGGAAGAAGAGACUCAACCACUGCAAGUCAAAGUGCUGCUAAUAUUAGCAUUCCUCCCCCAACUUUGAACCUUAGCGGCCUAAUCUCUACCUUCUCUAACAAAGGCUUCACAGCUAAAGAAAUGGUGGCACUUUUAGGGUCGCACACUAUAGGUCAAGCCCGAUGCCUGACUUUCCGGGAGCAUCUUUACAAUGAGAACAACAUCGAUGCCACGUUCGCGACAUCGCUGAAAGCAAAUUGCCCAAGCUCCGGAGGCGACAGCAAACUCUUUCCUUUUGACACCACAAGCCCGACGUCCUUUGACAACGCCUUCUUCAAGAACUUGCAAACCCACAAGGUUUUUCUUCAUUCGGACCAGCAAUUGUUCAGUGGUGGCUCCACGGACGUUCACGUGAAUGCUUAUAGUAGCAAUUUGUCCACUUUUAGGACAGAUUUUGCUAACGCCAUGGUGAAGAUGGGUAACCUUAGCCCACUCAUUGGCUCAAGCGGUCAGAUUAGAAAGAAUUGCAGGAAAGUCAACUGAUAUUCCUUCUAGGAUUUACUUUUUCUGUCUUUAAAGUUUGGAAUUUUCUGUUGCAUCUCCAAUGUU